AUGGCGGACCGCACUCGACGUUCAGCCGUCCAUGACUCCUCGGAUCUCUCUUCUGACGACGAUACCCCCGGCUUCGCCAACGAGUCUACCGGCACCAACAAUGCUGCCGAGUCCAGAUCCUCGUGGUUUCCCACUCCUGCAACCCUUGAAAUUCUCCAGGCGCACCUGGCAGCUGACGCCGACUCUGACUCUUCCGAAGCUUCUGGUCCACGUGUGCACCCUGACUUCUUCGUCCACCUUGAGAGAUUACGAAGGAUCAAUGAAACCAAUCGAGUGAAUGCCCGUAGAGAAGUUGAAGCCUGGUAUGAGGCUGCUUUUGGGUCCAACCAGUCCCAGAAUCAAGCUUCUCACAUGGCCAACUCUCAAGACCACGAUUCUGACAUGCUCGACGAGUCCCAGAAUGAAGCUUCUCGCAUACUUGAAGAAUCAUAUCGUGGAACUUCGCAAUUUACCAACGAAUUCAACCAACCUUCGUACCAUCCCAGUGCCGCACAUGGACUGCAGCCACCAUCGAUGGGCGCGCAUGAGCAAUAUGAAACUCAAGGUUCCACUGCAGCCGGACCAUUUGAGCCGAUGCCGCAUGUCCGGUUUGAGGCACCUGGCUUUAUGGGCCCUGAUCACCUCAUGGGCCAUUCUCCUCACCAUAGGCCUCCUUCUCCUUAUCCUGCGGUGGCUCAGGACCAAUAUUCAGCUGUUCCAAUCCCCGAGGGAACUCCUCCAAUGCCAGCACCUCAACCACAGCGGUAUACCGAUUGGGGAAACCCUUACAGAUUUCCAUUCGAUCCGACUCCGUUCCCUGAGGGUGCCACCCCUUAUGCCCCAGAGCGCAUUAUCCAAGCAUGGCUCAUCCGGCAGCAACUUAUCGCUGGCGUUCAGCCUGAUGAUAUCCAGCCCAUCGCAGCCCCACGCGGAAGACGGCACCGAACACCUCCUUACAUCGUGCUCAAUGACAGUGGUGCCCAUAUCGUAAGGAUUGAGCCUGCCACCUUUGAGGGUGCUAUGCUUCCUUUACCAACCCUUCCUUGGCUGCCGCGGCGCGCAAAUCCCAACCCACCUACUGCCCCUGUUUCGUCUGAUACAUCCGAUGCUUCGGGUCUGUUCACUGCUCCAAACGUCGUGACUGCUUCAGACAACGUGGCUGCUCUAAACACUGUGAUCACUCCAAGCUCAGCUAACUCUCUAAACUCGUCGGUCAACCCAAAUCUAUCAGCUGCCGCAAACCCGGCGAGUGUAUCGCAUUUGCCAGCUGCUGCAGCACUGAUCACUGCUCUGACACCGCCGGCUCCUCUAACCCUCCCGGAUGAUCUAGACUCAGCUAAUACUUUGAGCCCGUCGGGUCCCUCAAACCAGCCGGUUGCUUCGCAUCUGCCAGCUGCUGCGACCAUACUGGAUGCGCUAACCCCCCCGACUGCUCCAGCCUUGCCAGAAUCCACUGUUGUUUCGGACCCAACUACUGUGCCAGAACAUAGUUCAGAAGAUUCGAGUCAACAUGUUGCGGAAAGUCAGAACCCGGAUCCGCGUAUGGUGGCCUUCUUCCAACCUCUUAGGUUACAUGAGCCUGCUAAUUCACUCUCAGCUUCUGUGCCAGAUUUGCAUCCAGAAAGACAGAGCACAUCUCAGUCUAGCCUUAACGAGAACAGCGAAGAUCCCGUCGUUGCCCUGCAGCCACAGCCGCAAGCCAUCGCGCCCUUGAAUGUGCAAAACAGUACCGACGUUAAUUCCAUGAGUUCUCAAGAAGUCCAUGGGCUUGGGCUGUCUUUUGCCCAUUCACAAGAUCAAUAUUCUUCAGCUGCCUCUCCUUUGUCGAACGAAGAGGCAGAGACCGGUAACGUUCCUCCUCCCCAGGCCCUCGGUGGCAAUGGAGUUGUGCAUCACGCAGUCACCUUUUCGGAGCCUGAGGACCCUGAGGACCCUGACGAGCCCGCGGCACCUCGUCUCCGUCGUUUUGCCAUCGACGGAACGGAUGAAUCACUCGGGGUGGGACGGUUGUCUGGGGAGGCUAAAGCUGUCGGUGAUCAAUCCUCCUUGGGAGGGUUGAUUUAA